CAGAAGCUACACAAGCAACAACAAGAACCUUCCGCUGAAGCAACCAGAACGAACCCCAUUGAGAAGUUGCUCAGUCGAUUCCAGUACGUGGUUUGGAUCGAUACCCUAUCGUUCACCGGACGGUUAUUCUCAUUCUUAGCCUGAUUUUGUAGUAUCCUUCAAUCGCCAAGAUGCCGAACUACCACAAGCCCGAGAGCAAAACUGUCCAGGAGCUCAAGGACAUGGCCAACCGGCUGAGAAUCCACUCCAUCACUUCUACCCAGGCUUCGAAAUCCGGACAUCCAACAUCAUGCUCAUCGAUAGCCGAAAUCAUGUCGGUGUUGUUCUUCAACACCAUGCGUUAUAAACUUUCUGAACCAAGAGACCCAUCCAGCGACAGACUUAUCCUAUCAAAGGGACAUUCAGCACCAAUCCUAUAUGCGGCUUGGGCUGAAGCUGGUCUGUUCCCAGUUUCAGAAUUACAAAAUCUACGCAAAAUCGAUAGCGAUUUAGAAGGACACCCAACACCACGUCUGAACUUCAUUGAUGUCGGAACUGGAUCUCUCGGACAAGGUGUUGCUGUUGGUUGCGGUAUGGCUUACGUUGGCAAGCAUUACGAUAAAGCCGACUACAGAACCUACGUAAUUGUUGGUGAUGGAGAAUCGGCAGAAGGUUCCAUUUGGGAAUCCCUCCACUUUGCUGGACAUUACAAAUUGGACAACCUUUGCGUUAUCUUCGACGUUAACCGAUUGGGUCAGUCAGAGCCAACAUCAUUGCAACACAGACUGGAUAUUUACAAGGCCCGUUUGGAUGCAUUUGGUUUUAAUGCCAUUGUUGUUGAUGGUCACGAUGUAGAAGAGUUAUGUAAAGCCUUUUUCGAAGCUGCAAAUACAAAAUCACAACCAACAGCAAUUAUUGCAAAAACCUUCAAAGGCAAAUUCUUCCCAAAUAUCGAAGAUCUUGACAACUGGCAUGGAAAGCCACUAGGUGAUAAGGCAGCCGAAACUAUUGCUUAUUUGGAAGGGCUCAUUAAGAAUAAAACGCUUUCUUUGAAACCACAAGCCCCUAAAGGAGCUGUUCAACAGAAUAACAUCACCAACAUACACUUAGCUACACCACCGGAAUAUAAACUAGGCGAAACUGUAGCAACACGUCUCGCUUAUGGUACUGCUUUGGCGAAAAUCGCUGUGAAUAACUCACACGUAAUUGCUUUGGACGGAGAUACCAAGAACUCCACCUUUUCGGAUAAGUUGAAGAAAGCUUUCCCAGAACGUUAUAUUGAAUGUUUCAUUGCUGAACAGAAUUUGGUUGGUGUAACCAUUGGAGCUGCCUGCCGCGAUCGCACAGUUGCUUUCGCUUCCACUUUCGCAACCUUCUUCACAAGAGCCUUCGAUCAAAUCCGAAUGGGCGCAAUCUCGCAAACAAAUGCUAACUUUGUAGGCUCUCAUUGUGGCGUCAGUAUUGGUGAAGAUGGACCCAGCCAGAUGGGUUUGGAGGAUAUUGCUAUGUUCCGUGCAGUUCCGGGAAGUACCAUUUUCUAUCCAUCCGAUGCAGUUAGUUGCGAACGUUCAGUUGAAUUGGCAGCCAAUACAAAAGGAAUUUGCUUCAUCAGAACUUCACGACCCAAUACUGCUGUUAUCUACAAUAAUAAUGAGAAGUUUGAAAUUGGCAAAGGCAAAUUGGUUAAGAAAUCAGAUAAGGAUCAAGUUCUUCUCAUUGGUGCUGGCAUCACUCUUUAUGAAGCUUUAACUGCCGCUGCUGAACUUGAAAAGAGCGGGGUAUCGGCCCGUGUUUUCGAUCCAUUCACUAUUAAGCCCUUGGAUCGCGCUGCUAUUGUUCAAAAUGCACAAGAAUGUGGAGGACGAAUUGUUGUUGUUGAGGACCACUACAAAGAGGGCGGUUUGGGUGAAGCAGUGAUGGCAGCUGUGGCUGAUCAACGCAAUAUUGUCGUUAAGCACUUGGCUGUACCAAAAGUUCCACGAUCUGGACCACCGACUGUUCUUAUUGAUAUGUUCGGCAUUUCGUCACGUCAUAUCAUCUCGAAUGUUGCUGAAAUUCUAAAAUUAUAAGAAGCGGGGGCAAGACAUUGUGAGAAGAUUAACUUCUAAAUGGGGAAAAUGUUCAAAUGUCAACUAUUUUUCAAGGUCGAAUGCAUACAUCAUUUGAACCUCAUUAGCGCGUAAGGGCAAAAUUUUCAUUUUUCUACGAUACGUUUUGAAAAUACUUUUGUGA